AUGAUUGGGAACAUGCACCACGCCUACGCCGCAAGUGCGGUGCCUAUUGCCGAGCUCCUGCGGUUCCACAGCAGCAAGUCUGGAGAGGACAUGGUAUCCUUCAAGGAGUACGUUGACCGCAUGAAGGAGGGCCAGAAGGACAUCUAUUACAUCACUGGCGAAUCCCGACAGACGGUGGCGAACUCUCCAUUCCUUGAGAAGCUGACCAAGAAGGGUUAUGAGGUGCUCUACAUGACAGACCCCAUUGAUGAGUACGCGGUGCAGCAGUUGAAGGAGUUCGACAACCACAAGUUGCGUUGCUGCACAAAGGAGGGACUUGAGAUCGACGAAACUGAGGAAGAGAAGAAGAAGUUCGAGGAGCUGAAGGCAGAGUUCGAACCACUCCUGAAGCUGAUCAAGGAGGUGCUUCACGACAAGGUCGACAAGGUCGUUCUGUCGAACAGAAUCACAGACUCUCCUUGCGUGCUUGUCACCACCGAAUUCGGCUGGUCAGCAAAUAUGGAGCGUAUCAUGAAGGCACAGGCGCUUCGCGACAACAGCAUGACCAGCUACAUGGUCAGCAAGAAGACUAUGGAGGUUAACGGACACCACAGCAUUAUGGUAGAGAUCAAGAACAAGGCAGCUGUCGACAAGUCCGACAAGACUGUCAAGGAUCUCAUCUGGCUGCUCUACGAUACCGCGCUGCUCACCUCUGGCUUCAGCCUUGAAGAACCCACACAAUUCGCAGCUCGUAUCCACCGCAUGAUCAAGUUGGGUCUUUCCAUUGAUGAUGAUGAGGAGGCAAAGGAGGACGACCUGCCUCCCCUGGAGGAGGUUGAAGGAGCUGCCGAUGAGGCGUCCAAGAUGGAGGAGGUCGACUAA